CUUUCACCUCCAUCUCUGAAGCUCAAAAUAGUUGGUGGAAAUCUACUUCAUGUCUCCUAAGACUCUGAUCAGGCUUUUGCUCUAGGAUUGCAGCGCUAAAAGGUGUAUUGGUCUGUCGUCAGGAAUGGAAAACCUCACGCCAGAGCAAUGGCGGGAGAUUAUGAACAAGAAGUUGCGCUUCCCUCCGGAGCUCCUCAACACCAUUCAGGAGGGGAAAAUAGAGCUACUGUGUGGACUGCUGAGGACUGGGGAUGGCAUCAUUCGCCAGCUGGAUGAAUCAGAGGACCGCCAGUGGAGGGAGGCUCUCAAUCUCUCCAUCCGCUUGGGCAAUGAGGAUGCCAUGGAUGCCCUCCUGCAGGGGGUGAAGUUUGACUUCCGGCAGAUUCACGAGGCUCUGCUGGUGGCUGUGGACACAAACCAGCCCAAGGUGGUGAAACGCCUCUUGGACCGCCUGGACCAGGAGAAAGGCAACAAGAUGGACGUACGAUCUUUCUCUCAAGCCAUCUUUGACCGGUCCAUUGACAACUCACAGUUUGCCCCAGGUGUGACACCUCUGACACUUGCUUGUCAGAAAGAUCUCUAUGAGAUCGUCACCAUGCUCACUCAGAAAGGCCAUGUCAUACCAUGGCCUCAUAAGAUCUCCUGUGCCUGUCUGGAGUGUCGCAACGGUCGUCAGUACGACCUGCUGAAGUUCUCCUUGUCUCGCAUCAACACCUACCGUGGCAUCGCCAGCCGUGCCUACUUGUCCGUCACAUCCAGUGAUGCCAUGCUCACUGCCUUCAGUCUCAGCAAAGAGCUCCGCAAGCUGUCCCAAAAAGAGCCAGAAUUUAAGCCUCAGUACCUGGGCCUGGAGCAACUCUGUCAGGAGUUUGCCGUUGAGUUACUGGGAAUGUGCCGCAACCAGAGCGAGGUCACCACAAUCCUGAACAGCUGUGGAGAUGAGAGCCAGGAUGCUUUGGAUGAGCAGGCCUUCGAGGAGGGAAUACCCAACCUUUCACGUCUAAGGCUCGCUGUCAACUACAACCAGAAGCAGUUUGUGGCCCAUCCGAUUUGUCAGCAAGUCCUUUCCUCCAUCUGGUGUGGAAACCUAGCAGGGUGGAGAGGCAGCCGGACAGCCUGGAAGCUCUUAGUCUCUGUCGGGAUCUUUCUUACCAUGCCCUUUCUUUGCCUCGUUUACUGGAUAGCCCCAAAGUCAAAGUCGGGAAAAAUCCUUAAAAUCCCUGUGAUCAAGUUUCUCCUUCAUUCUGCAUCCUACCUGUGGUUUCUCAUCGCAUUACUUGGAGAAUCCAUAACCAUGGAGAUUGAUCGUGAUAAAUUUGCACACCGUCAGCAGAACAUUCUGCUCACUUCAUUCCACAUGGUGUGGGUGGUUGGAUUCUUCUGGUACGAGUGUAAGGAAGUCUGGAUUGAGGGGCUACGAAGCUACUUCCUGGACUGGUGGAACUGCUUGGACAUGAUAGUGUUGAGCAUGUACUUGGCAUCUUUUGCUCUGCGUGUGCUCAUCAUGCUCAAAGGUCACUUCCUAUGCCAUGAUCAGAGCGGCAGUGACGAGUGCAUCUACUUUACUCAGACUGUCCGUGACAGCUGGCAUCAGGAGGACCCUCAGCUCAUCUCCGAGGUGCUGUUUGCAGUAACCAGCAUGCUGAGCUUCACCCGUCUGGCCUACAUCCUGCCGGCCCACGAGUCCCUGGGAACGCUGCAGAUCUCCAUAGGGAAGAUGAUUGACGACAUGAUGAGGUUCAUGUUUAUACUGAUGAUCAUCGGGACGGCCUUCCUCUGUGGCAUCAACAAUGUCUAUGUUCCAUAUGUCAUGUCUCCACAUCUUGGCAGGUUUAAUGAGACCUUCAACUUCUUAUUUUGGACUAUGUUUGGCAUGGCCAGCCAAGACUACGUGGACCUGCCGCAGUUUGUAUUGGCAGAGUUUGUAGGAAGGAUCUUGUACGGCAUCUUCACCCUAAUCAUUGUCAUUGUCCUCCUCAACAUGCUCAUUGCCAUGAUUACUAACUCCUUUCAGAAAAUUGAGGAUGAUGCAGAUGUGGAGUGGAAAUUUGCUCGGUCUAAGCUGUACCUGAGUUACUUCAGAGAGGGCCUCACCAUGCCUGUGCCUUUCAACAUCAUCCCUUCGCCCAAAGCUGGGUUUUACAUCCUGAGGGGUUUUUUCAAAUUUCUGUGCUGUUGUUGCAACUUCAACUCAGAGCAAAAAUAUCCUGCUAUAGCCUCUAUGUCCAGCGAUAAGGGAUCAGAGGAAGGCCUGCCUUACCGACAGCAGGUGAUCAGAGCGCUGGUGCAGCGUUACAUUGAGUCAGCUCGCAGGGAGUUUGAAGAGACCAAGAGGAAAGAUAUUGGUAACCGAAUCACAGAGCUGAACAAAGCCGUCUCCAGGAUGCACAUUGAAAUGAAAGGGAUCCAGCAGCUUCUGAUGACUGAUGGACAUGCUGCAAAUGAUACACUGACCCAGGGUGGUUACUCUAUGCUUGGGAAGUACUUCAUUGGUGCCAAGAAUAACUUCAGAGGUUUUAACAGCAGGCAAGAUGACAAAAACACAUCCCUUAACGUGACAGUUCACCACAAAGAGGAAGGGGCGGAUGAAAGGAAGGCCGAUUCAGAGGUGCAGCAGGAUGCAGAUGCGGAUCAGGUGGAUGAAAGUGAAGAAGAAUUGAAUAAGGUGACUGAAUGUGAAGUGGUGAAAAUGGAAGAGGGAAGAGCGAAUGCAGAGCUGGGGAAUGGAAAAGAAACUGAGGAAAGCGAGCAUGUAGAAAUAAGCAAAGAUGAUAAAGUAAGAGAGAAGGUCACAGAAGGGACAAGUUUCAUUAGCACAGAGGAGAUGGUGAAUGUUGAGAGUACACAGGGCAAGGAGGAUAAAAGGAAAGGAGAGAUUAACCCACAGGUGACAGAAGAACUCACAGAGAUAAGGCCUGAACACCCUGAGAGCACCAAUACUAACAGUGAAACAACAGAUGCAAAGAAAAUGAUAAACAAGUUCAAUAACAUGGAGCUGAAAGAAAGAACAGAGGAGGCAGGAUGGAUGAAGGGAAAAAAGUCUGAAAGGAAUGGUGUGGAAAGAUCUCAUGUAACCAAGGGGGACGAGAAAAACGGAAACAAGAAAGUGAUUCAGUCUCCAACAGGGAGCAGCGGCUCAAAUGACACCGGCUUUGGUUCACAGGAGGGGGAAGGCUCGAUUGACGGCAUACCAGUAAAGCCUUAACCACAGAGGCUGUUGGCCAUGAUUGGUCUUCAUGUCUGAUAAGGUGGGGAACCCGGACAUUUGAGAAGUUUGAAAAGAUAAAGGCUCAGUAAAUAAAUGUCACAUUAGAUACAGAUAUUUUCAGCUAUGAGUGCACAUUGCCUACGUACAUGUAGCCUAUUGCAUAAAGAAAUAACCUGAGAUGCAGCUAAACAAAGCCCAAAACCCGUCACACUGAGCUCAGAAAAAAACAACUAGAGUAAUAAGGGCAACAUCUAGAGGAGAGUGCAGCAUUCCAAAAUGUAAGACAUCUUUUGCUAAAUCUGCCUUCUCUGUUGUUGCCAUGAGUCAGUGGAAUACAUUACCAACUGAGAUUAUAACAUGUACAAGUUUCUCAAUGUUUCCACAUUUGACAAAGAAAUGGCUUUUAUCCAAGCAGGUCUGCACUCAUUAGUGAUGAAUGUGUGUAAAUGAAAGUAUAAUUGGUUCUUUUGGAAAGUAUGUGAGAGUGCAAAAGUGUAUGUGUGUAUGAACAAAUAGGUAUGUUUAUUGUAUAGGUGCAGGAUGUGAUAGAGAAAUGAUAAAUCCCUGGAAGUCUUUAAUAACUGGUGUAACUGAGUGGCGAGGUCUGUUACGAUUGUGUUGUAUGAUUAACAUCAACCUGUCAAGGGACUACAGGUGGGAAUUAGCAUUUUUUGCUAUAACCUGGCACCAUGCAAAUUUCCUAUUUUUAGGUCAGUGUAUUGUUGUGCACUGUCCCUGUACAAAUAAAAAAAACAAUCGAUCAAUAUUUUUUAUUCUAAAAUUCCCUUCAGAGCUAACAUUAUACAUUCUGGACAGGAAAAUUGUGACUACAGUAACCCAGAAUUUCGAAAUGGCUCUUCUUUCUUUACUAUUUCAUAAUAUCCUCACCACUGUCCAUGAGCUUCAGCAUCUUCGCCACUCAGGAAAUAAACCUGCUAUGGGCAUUAAAGGAAGAUAAAAUCCAUUCUACUGGCCGAAUAUGUUACACAUAUGCAGAACAUGAAUGCAUGACACUUGCAUCCAGGUACUUAUCUAAUGUUAAGAUGAUGACUGCAAUUCGCUAUAUUGUUCAGCUCUUAUUUUUUAUACAUUUAAGGUUAGAUUUAGACUACUGUACAAGUUGGUGAAGACCACAUCAUCAAUAAAUGAAAACCAUAUAACUGUGACAAGGUGUAGU